GAGAAAAGUCAAAGCAGAUGAACACUUAACAACGAAAAGUUGGACAGAGAAACACUAACACGAAGCCGAACAGAACAGAACAGGAAAGGAACAGAGCAGGCAACGAGAUUAAAGAUCAAGGCAACACUGUGGCUCCUCCACCACCACCAUGACCAUGUGCCCACAUGCUUGAUUUGGUCUUCAUCUUCGAUCCUUCUCAUUCUCCCUUCAAAAGGGUGGUCUCUUCCUCCGCCGCUCAAUUGGCCCCAGCCCCAGCCUGAAUCUGAUUCGUUCGGGUAAACGUAGAGGUCUCAGGGGAGAGGGACAACAGACAAGAUGAAGGAAGCAGGGGAUGGCGGCGGCGGCGGCGGCGGAACGGGCUUCGUCCGGGCCGACCAGAUCGACCUCAAGGCCAUCGACGAGCAGCUUGAGCGGUUCAGCCGGGUCACCACCCUCGAGAAGAGCCGGAGCAUCCCAGCAUCCGGUGCCGCCGCCGUCGACGUGGCCCCGAAGGGGUUUGGGCUAAUCCCUCCGAGGAGGGAGAGGAAGGAGUGGGAGAUCGACGCGUCCAAGCUCACCAUCAAGAGCGUCAUUGCACGCGGCACCUUCGGGACCGUCCACCGCGGCAUCUACGACGGUCAGGAUGUUGCCGUUAAACUGCUUGACUGGGGUGAAGAGGGGCACAGGACUGAAGCUGAACUUGCUUCAUUAAGGUCUGCAUUCGCUCAAGAAGUCGCCGUGUGGCACAAGCUCAAUCACCCUAAUGUUACCAAGUUUAUCGGGGCAACAAUGGGAUCUUCGGGUCUGCUAAUACAAACCGAUAGUGGCCCGAUUGAUAUGCCAAAGAAUGUCUGUUGUGUUGUAGUGGAAUAUCUCCCUGGGGGUACUUUGAAAUCUUACCUCAUAAAGAACAGGAGGAGGAAACUUGCUUUCAAGGUCGUUCAUCAGCUGGCUCUAGAUCUCGCUCGAGGUUUGAGUUACCUGCACUCUCAGAAGAUCGUCCAUAGAGAUGUGAAAACCGAGAACAUGCUAUUGGACAAGACGCGAACUGUGAAGAUUGCCGAUUUCGGGGUUGCUCGUGUUGAAGCCUCAAAUCCUAAUGACAUGACCGGCGAGACUGGGACACUCGGUUAUAUGGCUCCCGAGGUACUUAAUGGGAAUCCUUACAACAGAAAAUGCGACGUUUAUAGUUUCGGCAUUUGUUUGUGGGAGAUUUAUUGUUGCGACAUGCCGUAUCCCGAUCUCAGUUUCUCGGAGAUGACUUCAGCUGUGGUGCGGCAAAACCUAAGACCGGAGAUGCCGAGGUGCUGCCCGAACUCCCUUGCAAACGUGAUGAAGCGGUGUUGGGAUGCAAACCCUGACAAGCGUCCUGAGAUGGAUGAGGUUGUCUCCAUGAUCGAGGCUAUUGACACAUCAAAGGGUGGCGGUAUGAUCCCUGUCGAUCAGUCUCAGGGCUGUCUUUGCUUCCGCAAGCGCCGAGGGCCUUGAAACAUUCAUUCUAUUAAUCCCUUAAAGUCGAUAUUAUUAUUAUUAUUGGUAUUAAUGCUAGUCCGACGCCAAGAACUCAGAGGUUUGCUAGGAAAUUUAGCUGGGUUGUCGGCGUAGGGGAAAAACUAGUCCGUGCCUUUCCCCUUAUUGGACUAUGUAAAGCUUUCCCUCUCGCUAUUUCUACUUUUAUUUUCAUUUUUUUUCCCCACGAUGCAAUUUGAUUUCAGUUGGGCGCUCUCCUUGUUCUCAUAUUAUUUCAAAUGCCUGUAGCUUCAAAUUGUGGGCUCGAGACCUCUUCAGUCGAUGUGUAAGAUCAUUUGCUUUAUAUAUACAUACUGUCAAUAAUCAAUGACACUCGCUUCUAUUGAGGAUGA